GCGCUCGGGGUCACGGGGCGGCGCACCGGGGCUGCUUCCGGGGCGGCUGUCCCGGCGACAGGCAUGACUUCGCUCCGGGCGUUCACUUGCAACGACCUCUUCCGCUUCAACAACAUCAACUUGGAUCCUCUGACAGAGACUUAUGGAAUUCCGUUUUACUUGCAGUACUUGGCUCACUGGCCAGAGUAUUUUAUUGUUGCAGAAGCCCCUGGGGGAGAGCUGAUGGGCUACAUCAUGGGGAAGGCAGAAGGUUCGGUGGCCAGGGAAGAAUGGCACGGCCACGUCACCGCGCUCUCAGUUGCCCCCGAGUUUCGCCGGUUGGGGCUGGCUGCCAAGCUGAUGGAGCUGCUGGAGGAAAUAUCUGAAAGGAAGGGUGGAUUUUUUGUGGAUCUCUUUGUGAGAGUGUCGAAUCAGGUCGCCGUGAACAUGUACAAGCAACUGGGCUACAGCGUGUACAGAACAGUGUUAGAAUACUACUCCGCCAGCAGCGGGGAACCUGAUGAAGACGCUUAUGACAUGAGGAAGGCGCUCUCAAGAGAUAAAGAGAAGAAAUCAAUUAUACCGUUACCACAUCCUGUCAGACCAGAAGAUAUUGAAUAAGUGGAUGCUGCGGUUGCUACAAAAUGGGCCGAGAAUAAAACCUGUAGAUGAGUGGGAACAAUUGGGGUAUCUUUAAUGCAGGUGGGAGCUUUUGACGAAAGAGAGAGAGAGAAUAUAUGCAAAUAUCAAGAAAAGUUUUCACUUCUAGGCUGUGCCUCUGAAUCUUGUAAUGCCCUGAAGGAGAAAUAAUCUUACGACUUCAAUAUUUGUCAUGAUUCAAUUUUAAAAUGAUUAAUAAAUCCUAAGACUGUAUUUCUAAUAAUGCAGGACUGAUAUAAUUUUACAUUUUCACUGAAUUUUACAUUAAUUUAAUAAAAUUAAAUAAGCAAGUCUAA